AUGUCGUCCCUCGAGAAGUUGGCCAUUCGCGGCAUCCGCUCCUUCGACGACAAGCAGAUAUCCGUUAUCGAGUUCUUCAACCCCGUCACCGUGAUCGUCGGGCACAAUGGCAGUGGCAAGACCACGAUCAUCGAGUGCUUGAAGUACGCGACUACGGGAGACCAGCCCCCAAACACGCGCGGUGGCGCAUUCGUGCACGACCCGAAGAUGGCGAACGAGAAGGAGGUGAAGGCGCAGGUGAAGCUGAGAUUUCAUGCGGCAAACGGGCAGCGGAUGCUCGCGGUGCGCAACCUCAGUGUGACGCUGAAGAAGACGACGGGGAUGACGAUGAAGACCCUAGAGAGCAUUCUUGCGGUGGCUGACGAGGCUCAGCAGGGAAAGAAGCGCGGGGUCAUCUCGACGAAGUGCGCAGAAAUGGACACCGAGAUCCCCCAGCUCCUGGGUGUAUCUAAGUCGGUCCUCGAGAAUGUCAUCUUUUGCCAUCAGGAGGACUCGUACUGGCCACUAUCCGAACCCUCCACACUCAAGAAGAAGUUCGACGACAUCUUCGAGGCGACCAAAUACACCAAGGCCCUCGACUCCAUCAAGAGCCUCCGCAAAGACCGCGUCGCUGAGCUCAAGACCGAGAAGGUCCGGCUUGAAGGCCUCGCGCGCGACAAGGCACAAUACGACAAGCUCAAGGCGCGCAUAUCCGAGCUCAGCCAGACCAUUGUAGCGAAGGAGGCCGAGUACGACCAGGUCAAGGUCGAGUACGAGGCGAUGGUGGACGCAAAUCAGAAGCUGUACGAGCAGGCGAACGCCUUCCGCGAGACGUACAUGAACGUGCAGAACCUGGAGAACCGAAAGAAGCAGCUCAAGCAGGAUAUCGAGGAGGCGAAGGCAGAGAUGAAGGAAGAGGAAGGCUCCGACGAGGAAUUAAGGGAGCGUCUCCGGAAUCACGAGAAGCACAUUGAGAAGGAGAAGGGUCGGAGACUCACGGAGAUCAACGCGAAGGAGGAUCUCGAGGAAGAGCUAAAGGCAAUGCGCGAGGAGCAAAUGCAUGACACUGCUAGGCUCGGGAAGCUGCGCGCCGAGAAGGAGGCCCAAGAGCAACGCAUCCGCGAUAGGGAGCAGAUCAUCCGUGAACUUGCCGCUAAGCAUGGGAUCUCCGGCUUCAACAUAACGCCCUUGGGAGCGGACAAGGUCGUGGAGUUCAUCUCGCGACUAGACGACGCGUACCGCAAGAGCAAGGAAGAGCUGGACGCUCAGACGCGCAACCUCCAAACCAAGCAGGACGAGCACCAGAAAGAGCUCCUCGAAUUGGAGAAAAAGGUCGACUCCCUGCGAACCCGGAAAUCCACCAUGAAGACCGCCCUCGCCGAAAAACAAGCGUCCAUCACCCGCGACGAAGCCACACUCGACGACAUGCAGGACAUCCCUGCCCAGCUCGCCACCGUCGACUCCGAGAUCGAGGACAAGACAGAGAAGCUCAAGAAGCUGCGUGAGCAGAUCAGGACCGCCGCGUACGACAAGCAGAUCGAGGAGAAGGCACGGGAGGCAAGGUUGUUGGACGACCAGCGGAAUGAGGCGAGCCGGGAGUUCAGGUUUCUGAGCUCGCAGGCGGAGAUUAGGGCGAAGCUGCAGCUGAAGAGGACGGAGGUGCAGAGUAAGACGAAGGAGGUGCAGGCGACCAUCGAGACGAGCAGAGUCAAGUUCCGCAAGAUCAUGCAGAAGGAUCCUGUGGCCGAAACGAUGGAGAAAGACCUUGACAAGGCCAGGAUUGAGCGCGAAUCCGAGCAGGAGACCUUGGACAAGCAGGCGACCAAUGCUGCCAGCGUGGUGCAGAACUCGGAAACCGCCAUUACCACGAUGAGGCAGGAGGUUAAGACGAACAAGGAGCGCAUACGCGUCCUCGACAGGAACAUCAAGAAGGUCCUUGGCGAGCGGCCGACCAUUGAGAAAGCAAUCGCUGAGGCUAAAGAGGAAAUCGAAUUCCGUCGCAAGCGUAUCGAGGGCCUGAAAGGCGGCAAGACCUUGCUUGAGCGAUGGCUCCAAAUCGGCGAAGAGCACAAGAAGUGCCCGGCGUGUGUAAGGAUGAUGGACGACCGGGAGUUGAGAGAGUUUGAGAAGACGAUGCGCGAGCACAUCGGGAACGCGGACCCCAAGAAGCUUGACGGGACGAAGAACGAGAUGGAGGAAUGGGAGCAGGAGCUGGUCGAGCUGGAGGGUUUGAUACCGCAACAACUGGAGCUGGAGCGUCUGAAGGAGGAGACGCCCGCGCUCGAGGCCAAGAUCAAGGCGCAGGAGGACGCCCUUCCGGAGCUCUCAGCGCAGGCUGACGAGAUAACCGACAAGAUCGACCUCCUGCGCAAGCAGGCAAACGAGGUGCAGGCGCUCAAGCUGCAGGCCGCGAACAUCACCCGCCUUCAGAAGGAUGUCGAACGCCUUAAGGAAGAGAUCGAGGAGAUUGAGCACGACCUUUCGGCGACUGGCUCGACGAAGUCAACGGACGAUCUGCAGGCGGAGAUCGAGAAGAUGACGGACCAGAUUCGCUUGCUCGAGCGCGAGAAGAACCACCUCACCGCGGACAGCAACCGCAUGAACAACAGCGUCAUCUCAACGGAGAGGGAGCUGCAUUCCUUGCAGACGCGCCGGAUGGAGCUCACGUCGAAGGUUGAGAAGAUGAAGACGCUCGAGACCAACAUCGCGGAAGCCAAGAAGCGUAUAGAAGAGAUCGCGGUCGACCAGAAAGACAUCGAUGUCAGGAUACGCGAGGCCCAGGGUCCCAUUGACGCGCUCAACGCGCAGUGGGAGUCCAUCCGCGCCGAGCUGAGGGCUAUCAUUGAAACAGCUUCCGAGCAUACUCGAGCGUUGAGCUUGGACAGCGACAAGCUGAACAACAUCAACAAGGCUGUGGAGCGCUACGUCAAAGAAAAGAGCCAGCGCAUCUUGGACGAAUGCAGCAACACCGUCGAGCAACGCAAGGUGGAGAUCAACGAGCUCUCCGAGCGCGUCGAAGCGCAGCGCCGCGUCAUCGAGAAGAUCGACAAGGAGAUCAACGAGAGCGGCGCGUCGCAGGCCUCCCUGCGCGAGAACAUCCGCGUGCGGAAGAUGCAGAAGGAGAUCGUCGAAAUCCAGACCGAGAUUGACAAGGUGGACAUGGAGGAGAUUGCGCGCUCCCGAAGGGCGUUCAAGGAUCAGUAUAAGCCUGCAAAGGAGAAGGAAACGGAGCUGCAGGGGCAGUAUUCCCACAUCGGCGGCAUGCUGACGUCCAGUCGAGAACAACUGUCGACGUGGGAGCAUGACCUUCGCGACUUCAAGGACAUCAACAAGAAGUAUACGGAGCAGCUGAUCAGGGUCAAGAUGUCCGAUAUGGCAAACAAUGACCUUGAGAAGUAUGCCAAAGCCUUGGAUAGCGCCAUCAUGAAGUACCACAGUCUGAAGAUGGAGGAAGUCAACGACACGAUGAGGCAUCUCUGGAACAAGACAUACCAGGGUACAGACAUCGACGGCAUCAAAAUCCGCUCAGAUGUUGAGGGUGGCGCAUCGAAGCGGUCCUACAACUACCGAGUGGUCAUGACCAAGGACCAAGUUGAGAUGGACAUGCGAGGGCGCUGCUCCGCAGGUCAGAAGAUGCUGGCGUCCAUCAUCAUCCGCCUUGCCCUUUCAGACUCCUUCGGCCAGAACUGCGGCAUCCUCGCCUUGGAUGAGCCCACCAACGCUCUGGACACAGAAAACAUCGAUGCUCUUGCUUCCAGCUUGGUCGAUAUCAUCAACGAACGCAAGAACCACUCGAACUUCCAGCUCAUCAUCAUCACCCACGAUGAGAAUUUUUUGCGAAAGCUCGGUCAGAGUGAAGUGAUGGAGCACUACUGGCGUGUAGUCCGGGACUCCAGGCAGAAGUCCAUCAUCGAGCGUCAACGAUUCCACUAAUCUAUAUAUGUUUUGCGCCUUGCUAUCACUGUUUCUGCUGCAUCUGUCUAACUGCUCAUCUACGACUGACAUGGACAAGGGAUACUCGCACUCGUAAUUUAUGCCAUGUACUCGGUCCACUCUACACUCUGAACGAAGGUUACAUAUGUACAGCUGUACGCUCCUGCUGCUAAGACUCCAAGCCAAGAUCCUCCUUCCGACGUGCGUGAAGCUCCGACCACGGCGGCAAGCCAAACCUCUCAGGCAUCUCCGCCCAGUACGCAGAUCCCCACGACAGGUCGGCCUGUUGGACAUGCAAGAAGCAGCUAUCGCAAAGUACUCUUUCCAAGUCGUCCCAUCGAGCCUGAGGCAUGUGGUGAACGAAUAUGGCUU